CCUUUUGAAUUUUGAACUCCUGAAAAUGCGGAGCGGGCGAUCGGGCGUUGCGACGGCGUCCGCGGUGUGCUAAGCCGCCGGCGUCCUUGGUUGCCGGGCGGACCGCCGUCCGGUGGGCGCGGGUGCCUGUGCGUCGGCGCGGCCCCCUGCUCGGCGUUCGCGGCGUGCUAAGCCGCCGGCGAGGCGUUGCUGGGCGUUGGCGAGACCACUGAUUCCCGACCGGCAAGGAAUCGCUCUUGUCGCCUGAUGCCUGGCCUGGGAUGACCUCCCUGCCGUCUCCGGGUGGUGCUUCCUCGCCGGAGCGUUCAACCUCGUCUCCGGGGACGACUACGUCGCCGGAGCCUUCAAUCCCGCCGGAUGCGAUUCCGGUGCUUCUGACAACUCCUUUGCAAGCGGAUUUCGACCCUGGCGGUGCGGCGAAACAGGCUGUUCGUCGUCGCCGGCGGCUCACGCUCGCGUGUCCCGAGGUGAGUGCUUUUCCGUCUGUUCUUGCAGCUCUUCCUGAGGUGGAGGAUCAGAGCUUUGCCGAUGGCGUGGCCGCAACGCCUAUCGACACCAACGAGGUAGGAAUCAACUUAGCAGAGGCUUCUUCUCCAGUGUCGAUGGUGUUGCAAUCAUCCAACGAAGUGGACAACCAUGAGUGCUUCAGUCCUGCGGACGAUGAGGCUUUACAGGAUUGUAUCAUGGCGGGUUACUCAUAUGAAGAGGCACGAGAUUACGUCUCAGAAAAGAAGAAGUGCUCAAGUUACAAUGAUGAGAUUUUCGUUGAAAAUUUUUGGGCAGAUAUGGGUUUCCCAAAGGGAACACGAUGGUGGGAAAAUGAGCGAUCGCCGGUGGGAAGUAAUCCGGAGCACAAACAAUGUGUCUCGUCGGAGCCUUCUUCACCGCAACGUGCUAAGCAAUUUUCUCUGCCAUCUAAGAGAAAGGGUGCGUCAAAUCCAGACAUUCGAAAGAAAGGGUUCGCUUUGCGUUCUUGGAAAGGCCCACUUCCUAAACGUCGAUCUCAGGUGAUCACGUUGGAAGCCUUUUUGCCAGAGACCGCAAGGAAGCGCCUCCUGCAUCCGGUUCAGCCUCUGCGUGCAGACCUCAUUGCACGUGCUCACGAUUUCGGUAGGUCCAUCUGGGACCUGAUCCCAAACGGGCCCAGGAAAUUCAAUCGCGCUCCACUUCCUGGUCGUGAACUUCCCACGCCGACACCAUCUCUAACCCUAGCGCGAGAACCUGGGUGCCCGAGAUCAGAUUCAUCGCCGGUGUUGGUGGCUAAGCGGGACCAACGCUCCUUUGCGGACGUCGUGCGGAGCUCGCCGAUGCCACCUUACCCUCGGUUUGUGGAUCGAGGCAGGGGUCGAGGCCCCAACCCUGGUCGCCGGGAUGGUCGCAGUCAUGGGGAUUUUGGCGGCGGCGGUUUCCAGGCCCACUCCAGGGCACAACACCCUGCUGGUCGCGGCCGUGAGUAUGGUCGCGAGGUAGGUCGUGAACAUGGACGUGAGCAUGGUGCUUCUGAUGGUCGCGAGCAUGGUGCUUCUGAUGGUCGCAGCGCACAUCCUGGUCGAGGAGGAGGAGGAGCUGAUCAGCAAUUUUCUAGAUCAGCAGGAAAUCAAUCCCAACAGCAGUACGUUCCUAUCUUGCCAUCUAGCAAGGCUGAUUUUGUUCAAUAGGGGGCAGAGCGGGAGCAACAGCAAUUGGAACAGGGUGCACUUAAGAAGAGGAAACCCUUCUGUUUUCGUUGCAAGUGCAGCGGACAUGUUAACGAAAAUUGCAAGGCAAAUCUCGACUGCGUUAUCUGCAACAAGAAGAAUUCCCAUUUGUCGGCCAAGUGCUCGAUUCUGAAGAUGCCUAAACCAAAUGCAUCUUUCUUUGGGUCAGGCAAGAAGGAGUUUGCUUUUAUCAGAAUUACAGACGUCGACUACAAGCUUGAGACACCAGAUCCGUCGCCCACGGGACUAGUCACCGUCUCUGGGGGACGCAUCACAGCGGAAGUAGUUCAGUCUGAACUUGCUCGUAUCAUCAGAACAGACUGGAAGUGGGAAGCUUUAGUUCAUGAUGAAAAUUCUUUUUUGGUGGCUUUUCCUAGUGACGAUUCACUGCAGAGAAUGGUUGACAUUGGCUUUCAGUUGAAAAAUCAUGGCGUCACACUCACGGUGUCAGUCUGGCAAAAUGAUCAAGAUAUUGCACCUACGUAUGAGUUAGAGGAAGUCUGGGUCCAUGUUACGGGGGUGCCACAUGCUUACAGGCAUUACUUGGUUUUCUGGGCUGUUGGGACAGUGAUUGGUGCAACUCUGGAAGUUGAUAUGCUAACUUAUAGGAUGAAGGGCGUGAUCAGAAUCAAGGUUGGGAUGAUGGAUAAGCGUCAGCUGCCACAUACUACAGACCUGGUUUUUGGUACUCAAGGUUAUCAUGUGACCUUUGCACAGGAAGAUGAACUUUUCUUGCCAGCAACGCUUCCGCCAGAAGAUGAUGAUCCCAUGGAUUUUGAUAAUUUCCGGGAUGGUAAUGGUAGUGCUGAGGAUAAGGAUAGGGAUGAUUCUUCAAAAAAAUUGAAGAGGACGAGUCAACCUGAGAGCAGCUUACCUCAGACAAAAAAUGUUGGAUCUGGACCUGCCCCAAUGCAGUGUCGGAUUGCGGUCACUCCUAUGGGAAACCAUCGCUCAUGUCCACCGAGGAAGCCGGUUUUGUCUGAAGGAACUACAAAAUCGACCAAGAUUGCGGUUACUGAACCAAGAGGUGGUUUCAGGCCGAUUCCUGGGAAUACUUUUGUUAAGCAGCAGGGAGAGGUGAUCGACACACCUUUGGGCGUAGAUGCGCUUUCGACUGGCAUGGGCGCCCAGAUGGCAGGGCCAAUGGGCGAUUCCAGCAUGGUGAUGGAUAAAAAUCCUCAGGAGCUUAAACCUGCACUGCAAGUACAAACAGGCUCUGAGUCUGUUACUUAUAGUAGUCAGGCUAAUGUUACUCCACCAAGAAAUAAUGAUUAUGCUAAUUCGCCAUCUAGUGGGCCAUCUGUGAUGGCAUCGCCGAUAAUUCCGGAGUCAAAUACAGAUACUCCUUCACCUUUGUCAGAUAAUUGUUGCGAUAAUUUCAGAUCAUCACUCGAUCUAUCUGGUACAGAUACGGUGGUAUCUGCUAAGGCGGGGGUGACAACACCGAGUAAGCAACAAGUUGUGUUGGCGUCAGGGCAGCCGGAGGUGUUCACACCGGCAGCUUUCAAGACACCUACCAACAGUAUCGCAGCAGAUGAGCUAGUUCUAGACAAAGCCAAGAGGCGUGCUGCUAUUAGGAACCUGGAUAACCCGGCAGGGACAUACCCACCAGGUAACAUAUCUUUAAAGUUACCUAUGGACAAUAGUGUUGCAAAAUUAAAGUCUAUCGGGAUAUCUAUGGGUAGCAGCUCCAAAGAGAUUAUUGUUUCUUCUAAUGCACUAAAACGAAUUGAAGUGGACAAAGUUAAGGUUCAGCCAAAAAAUAAAAGAGCGGAUACCAAUUUAAAUCCUUUUGAUUUAAGUGAUGAGGAGGAUCCUGAAAAUGAAAACAGGCUCCUUUCCCACUUAAUCAAAGACAUAACUGAUGUGGAUUUGGAUGACCUGGACCUAGGCAUGAGAAUUUGUGACCUUAAGGUGACCGGGCGUAAGUCGAAAUCAACAGCUAAAAAAGCCAAGGCGCGGAAAAAGACUCAAAAACUAAACAAAAGUGUUUCCCCAUGA